UGGUAACCACCUCACCCAAGGGUUAAAUAGGGGUUUGGGCAAGCAAGCAAGAUGCUCCGGAGAAGCUCUCUCUCAUCUGUCUCCCCUAAUAUUGGACCAUGACCCAGUCCCUCAAGCUCGCCUCCAGAGUGUUCCAUCGCCUCCGCUGGGCUCCGGAGCUGGGCGCCUCACUACCCUCCCCGGGCUCCGACUCAGCACCUCGGAGCCUGGCAGAUAUCCCAGGCCCUUCCACGCCUAGAUUCCUGGCUGAACUUUUCUGCAAAGGGGGACUGUCGAGGCUACACGACCUGCAGGUGCAGGACGCUGAGCGCUUCGGCCCGGUAUGGUCCGCCAGCUUCGGGAAGGUGCGCACAGUGUACCUGUCGGCUCCUGCGCUCAUCGAGCAGCUGCUGCGACAGGAGGGACCCCGGCCAGAGCGCUGCAGCUUCUCGUCCUGGGCGGAGCACCGUCGCCGCCACCAGCAGGCUUGUGGACUUCUCACCGCGGAAGGCGAAGAAUGGCAGAGGCUCCGUAGCCUCCUGGCCCCACUCCUCCUUCGGCCUCAAGCGGCUGCUGGCUAUGCCGGGAUCCUGGACAAAGUGGUCUGUGACCUUGUGCGAAGACUAAGGCGCCAGCGGGGGCGCAGCACUGGGCCGCCUGCCCUGGUUCGUGACGUGGCGGGAGAGUUUUACAAAUUUGGACUUGAGAGCAUAGCCGCGGUGUUACUGGGCUCGCGUCUGGGCUGCUUGGAGGCUGAAGUGCCUCCGGAUACAGAGGCCUUCAUCCGUGCUGUGGGGUCAGUGUUCGUGUCCACGCUGCUGACCAUGGCAAUGCCCAGCUGGCUGCAACGCCUUGUGCCUGGACCCUGGGAUCGCCUCUGCCGAGACUGGGACCAGAUGUUUGCAUUUGCCCAGCGGCACGUGGAGCGGGGAGAGGCCGAGAUAGCUAGGAGGAACCAGGGAAAACCUGAGGAGGAAGACAUGCUGUGCAGGGCACACCUGACCCACUUUCUUUUUCGGGAGAAGUGGACUGCCCAGACCAUCCUGGGCAAUGUGACAGAGCUGCUACUGGCUGGCGUGGAUACGGUGUCCAACACACUCUCCUGGGCUUUGUAUGAGCUCUCCCAGCAUCCCGAAGUCCAGGUGGCUCUCCACUCUGAGAUCACAGCUACUCUGGGCCAGGGCUCUUGUCCCCACCCACAAGCCACUGCUCUGUCCCAGCUGCCCCUGCUGAAAGCAGUGAUCAAGGAAGUGCUACGAUUGUACCCUGUAGUACCUGGAAAUUCCCGUGUUCCAGACAAAGACAUUUAUGUGGGUGGUUAUAUUAUCCCCAAAAAUACACUAGUUUCUCUGUGUCACUACGCCACUUCGAGGGACCCUGCCCAGUUCACAGAGCCAAAUUCUUUUCGUCCAGCUCGCUGGCUAGGGGAGAGCCCAGCCCCCCACCCAUUUGCAUCUCUUCCCUUUGGCUUUGGCAAGCGCAGCUGCAUAGGAAGACGCUUGGCAGAGCUUCAGCUGCAAAUGGCUUUGGCCCAGAUCUUGACCAAUUUUGAGGUACUGUCUGAGCCAGGUGCUCCCCCAAUCAGACCUAUGACCCGGACAGUCCUGGUACCUGAAAGAAACAUCAAUCUACAGUUUGUGGACAGAUAGUUAUUGGGAGAAGCUGUCAUCAUCACCCUCUCUCUUAUCACAGGGCUUUAUUAAGCACCAGACCAAGAGAUUCACCUUCUCCUUGAGGCCUUCUGACCAAAGUAGAUAGGGUAACCACAGCAAACUGGAGUAUGAUUUUGACCUGACUCAGUCAGGUCCAGAAAAACCAUGCUCACUCCACCUGCUCAGCCUUUUUCUCCUGGUCAUAUAUGCAGCCUUCAAAAGCCAACUCAGACAUUAACUUACAAUGUUUUAGUAUACAUGCUGCUGUCGGGAGCACUUUAAUGUGUAAUGUUGAGUGGACUGAAGGACUCAACCACCUCUCUUUUGGUGCUUCCACCACAUUCACUGAUGCUGCUGGCUAAGCAUUGUGCAUAAGCCAAGUAAUUGUGCAUCUCAUCUGCACCUGGUUAGUUCUCCCUCUAAGCAUGCAAGCUCUUUGAAAGAAAGGAUGGAGGAUUAUUUGGUAUUUAUACCCCCAGUCAGGGGCUAUCUUUGAAAAGUUGACACCACAUACAUUUUCAGAUUGAAACUAGACCCUGUAGCAGAAGGGACAAGCAGCAUACCAGACUGUCUACCCUUUUU